AUGGCGCCGCUCUUCCUCGUCUACUUUGUAGUAGGUGGAAUCUACAUGCUGGAACUCGACAAGACUACCUACGUCAGCGAAAAGCCAGAAUCCUAUGCACCCGCAGAGCUCAAAAGUUAUAUGGUACUAUGCGUGGCAUGCGCGGCAGCUUGGAUAGUGCUAUCGAUAUAUACCGCGAUGUUUGGCGGAAGGAAAGGAGCCGAGGAAUACGCGGGCCGGAAGACCAUGGUUGAGGAUGUCGGACAGCGUGACGAGGGAGGAACGGAAUGGUUCGAUAUCAAUCUACUGAAGAACGAUUCGGAAGUGGAUGAGGAGGACGAGAAGCAGCUCCACUUUUUCGACAAUGACGAUGGUAUCGGCGAUGUCAGUUUUGGGGGCGGAAGUAGCGAAGACAACAUCGGAAAGAAGUCUUUGGGAAACGCAAGUGGUUUGGGAUGA